CUAUUCAACUUUCAUAUGCGACCAUGGUGCAUCAUCCAUAUAGUGCAUCAGCAACGUGCACAACCUUAUUAUGUGUCCUCAUUGUGCGUUUUCAUUGGGCGUCCUCAUUGUGUGUCCAAAUUUUACGUCCUUAACGUGAAACCUCAUUGUGUGUCCUCAUAGAAUGUUCUCAUUACAAAAAGAAAGUGAUAAAAUCCACAGCAAGCCAAAAUAUUUAAAAUACUGUAACUAUGACUACGUGGGCAACGCUGGACAUUUAUGUUUUCAAAAAACAUGGACUUGAGUAAGGAUUAAAAGAUCGUAUUUCAUGAAAAAAGAUGGAUGCAUAUUUUGCAGAAACAAAUGAAAAUGAUAAAAAUGACAUCAUUUAUUAUAAUUUUGUCCAGUUUGGUUUUUGGGACAGUUCUGGGACAGGAUGGUAAAUUCUCAGGGGGUGAAUCAGUAUCAUCAGCUUCAUCUUCGUCUGCGAGCACUAGUUCUGAUGGUGGAGGAAUCAGCAGUCGUUCAUUUGAUUCUGGUUCAUCUGAUUCUGGUUCAUCAUCUAACAGUUUUUCAUCGGAUUUUGGUUCAUCAUCUGAUUCUGGUUCAUCAGGUGGGAGUAGUGGACCUGGUUUAUUUGGCUUGAUUGCAGCUCUAUUGGGAGGAGGUCGGCCUGCUCCUCCUGCCCCCAGGUUUAAUCCCAGAGGAAGAGCACAAGCAAGAGUUGGUUCACGUGGUGCCAGAUAUACUUACCAGAGAAGAUUUAGACAGUACCAGAGACAGCGACCUCAACAAAGACAACGUCCAAGACGGUUUCAGUCACAGCCUCAACUAUUUGUGCGGCGAAGACUUUAAGAUCUGUUCAAAUACAGCCCCAACCUUUAAGAUCUGUUCAAAUACAGCCUCAGCCUUUAAGAUCUGUUCAAAUACAGCCUCAGGCUUCAAGAUAUGUUCAAAUACAGCCUCAGGCUUCAAGAUCUGUUCAAAUACAGCCUCAACCUUUAAGAUCUGUUCAAAUACAGCCUCAGGCUUCAAGAUAUGUUCAAAUAUAGCCUCAACCUUUAAGAUCUGUUCAAAUACAGCCUCAGCCUUCAAUAUCUGUUCAAAUACAGCCUCAGACUUCAAGAUCUGUUUAAAUACAGCCUCAACCUUUAAGAUCUGUUCAAAUAAAGCCUCAGGCUUCAAGAUAUGUUCAAAUAUAGCCUUAACCUUAAACAUCUGUUCUAAUACAGCAUCAGCCUUCAAGAUCUGUUCAAAUACAGCCUCAACCUUCAAGAUCUGUUCUAAUACAGCCCCAGACUUCAAGAUCUGUUCAAAUGCAGACUCAGACUUCAAGAUCUGUUCAAAUACAGCCCCAGACUUCAAGAUCUGUUCAAAUGCAGACUCAGACUUCAAGAUCUGUUCAAAUACAGCCUCAGGCUUCAAGAUAUGUUCAAAUACAGCCUCAAACUUCAAGAUCUGUUCAAAUACAGCCUCAACCUUUAAGAUCUGUUCAAAUACAGCCUCAGCCUUCAAGAUCUGUUCAAAUACAGCCUCAGGCUUCAAGAUCUGUUCAAAUACAGCCCCACCCUUUAAGAUCUGUUCAAAUACAGCCCUAGCCUUCAAGAUCUGUUCAAGUACAUCCCCAGCCUUUAAGAUCUGUUCAAAUACAGCCCCAGCUUAUCAAGAUCUAUUCAAAUACAGCCCCAGCCUUCAAGAUCUGUUCAAAUACAGCCUCAGACCCAUUUCUAAACACGGUAGACAUAUGUUAACCAAACAUGCAAAAGGAAAGUUACCAUAAGUUUCUAAAUUAUUAUUAAGAAUUGGUAUAGCUCAAAAAAUUUGGAAAAUAAUGCCUUUUCUUUACAAACUUCAAAACUCGUGAAUUUCCAGAUUUUCAAUACUUGAACAAAUUGUUUUUUAAAUGGCCAGAAAAAACCUUCAAAAUGGUCAGUAAUAAAAAAUUUACCUAUUUCUCUAUUUCAAAACGGUUUUUUAUGUUUUGGUUUGCCUGGCCUAUACAUUUUUUUGUUUAGGAAUAAAAUAGUGAACUGAUUUGGUUCAAGACUUGUAGGUUUAUUGUUUAACUCAAGCUUUUCAAAGAAUUGACAAUUAUAAUUAUGUUUUGAUAAAUAGAAUUUUGAAAUGUAGAUUUUAGGUCGAAAAUACAAUUUUUUUAUACGUGC